AUGGCCGACCCGUCCUCGUCCUCCGGCGCCGGCGCCGGCCCGUCGAUACGGCGCGUGACGCUGCCACCCCGAUCCGAGUACCGCUUCGAGCUCGAGCCCCAUGAGCGCCUCUCGAUCCGCCUGCUGCCCAACGCCGGCGACGCCGAAAUCUUUGGCGCUGAGCUGGUCGGCAGCACCCAGGAGCGCUGGUACCCGUUCGGCGACGAGGCCAAGGCGGCCGUCUCGACGUGGAACGGCGCUCAGAUCGACAUCGCCGGCAGCGCCACCACCGAGUACCUCGCCGACGAGCCCUCGCCCACCUACACGUCCUACUCCAACCUCCAUCUCUACCUCGAAAAGGCCAGGAUACAGGCGAGGCAGGCGCUCCGCCAGGAUCCCAAGCUCCUCACCGCCCUCGUGUCGGCCGGCUCGGACCCUUCCUACAUCGCGCCCAGGGCCACAGACGAGGACCCGGGCGCGGCGGGCGGCAACCACGGCGGCUCGUCGGCCGCUGCCGCCUCCAAUGCGAGCUCGACGAGCGCCUAUCGGCCAGAGGGCCAGGGACCGCGCGUCAUGGUUCUGGGCCCCGAGUCGGCAGGCAAGACGAGCCUGAUCAAGUUCCUCUCCAACUACGCGCUCCGCUCACCCGUCGUCGCUAGCCUGGGCAAGGGAGAGGCGGGCAAGGUGGCCGAGUCGCUGCGCAAGGGCGGCGACGGCAUCGUCUACCCGGACGCCAUCGACGACGAGACCGAGGAGAGCAAAAAGAAGCGCAAGCUCGAAGAGAGCCAGAGCGAAAUCACCGGCUGGUGGCCCGUCGUCGUCAACCUCGACCCGAGCGAGGGCGCCUCGCCGCUACCCUGCUGCCUCUCUGCUCUCCCGCUCUCGCCGCUGCCAUUGGCCUCGCUGCCGUCGCCGUCGCCCGCAUUCCCGCUCGGCACGAGCACGCCGACGACGGGUGCCAUCCCGCCGGGUCCCUCGACGGCCCACGGCGUCGCGCCGCUCUCGCUGUGGCUCGGUAAGGAGAGCGUGCGCGAAAACGAGAGGCACUUUCGGCGCGUCGUCGACUGGCUCGUCGAGGGCGUCGAGAGGAGGCUCGCCAGGGACUUUCGCAGCCGCAUGUCCGGCCUGCUCAUCGACACGCCGGGCGUCAUCACCGCCGACGCGCGGUCGAGGUACGCCUUCAUCCAACACUGCGUCAAGGCAUUCAAGGUCGACACAAUCGUCAUUCUGGGCCACGAAAAGCUCAACAUCGAAAUGACACGCAUGUUUGGCAGCGGCGCCGCCCCCUCGCGCGUACCGGGCACCGACGGCAUCCCGCUCCCGCGGGUCAAUGUGAUCAAGCUGCCCAAGUCUGGCGGCGUCGUGGACCUCGACGAUACGUACAAGCAGCGGCUGCGCGCGCUCCAGGUGCGAAACUACUUUUACGGCGGCUCCGCAGCACCCUCGAGCAAGUCGGGCGGCGGCGGUGGUGGUGAUGGCAGCACGACGGGCGGGACGGGGCUGCCGCAGGCUGCGCUGCCUGGCCAUGCCGACCCGCUGGGCGGCCUGCCGUCCCUAAGCCCGUUUUCGACGACGAUCCCCUUUGACCUCCUCGAGGUGUACCGCGUUGGACAAGAGGCGAUGGCGCCCUCUUCGGCGCUGCCCAUCGGUGCACAACGGACCGUGACGCAGACGCAGCUCGUCAAGCUGGACCCGACCAACUCGGCAGCGGACCAGUCGUCGCUCCUCAACUCGGUGCUGGCGCUGGUGCAGCCGCCACGCGGUGGCGGAGGGGCGGGCCAGCCGGACUCGAUUCAGGAGCCCGACGACGACGAGAUCCUGGGCGCGCCCAUUCUCGGCUUUGUGCAUGUCGCCGACAUCGAUACGGUGCGCAAGAAAAUUACCGUCCUCAGCCCCAUGGCGGGUCGGCUGCCGAGCAAGACGGCCAUCCUUGGCUCGCUCGAUUGGCACGACGUCUAG